AGUGUGCUACGGAGGCGGCCGGUGGGAGAGGAGGGGAGGGGUGGCCCGCAGCUGCCUGACUGCCCUGCUCUCCCCAGGGGAGGCCUGAACCGGCCAGGCCUGGGUGCCGGGGCCCCCCUGCCCGGGGCUUGGCCUCCCUGCCGGGCAGAGCCGCCUCCCAGCCUGCCCCUGGGGAGGGGCCACCUGGUGUCAAUUAAACCCCAGCCACUCGGCCGCACCACGCCAGGCGGCUGAUUAGUGCCGCGGCCUCUCCAGAUGGGGAGCACUGCCUGAGAGGGGGCGGCUGCCACCACGCGAGGGUGAGGCCUCUGCGGAGCGGGCACGGGUCUGACGGGCUGGCGGCGCCCGGAGAAGAGUGUGCCGAAGCUUGCGUCACCUCUAGACACAUCUAGACACAUCCACCAGACACAUCUCCUCCCCAGUCUGCCUGACCUGUUGCUUGGGGACACGUCCCACGGCUGGUCCUGACGUCCGCCUGAUCAACCAUCGCUUCCUAGAGAACGGGGAGGAAGGCAGACGCAGGAGAUCAUGCCACCGAUGGCCGGACAGCAAUGAGCGGGUGAUGCCGUGUUGACGUCAGAGACGGAGAAGACAAAGCCCCAGAGCAGGUCAUUCCUGAGACGCCUCGGCACCAGCCCCCUCUUCCUCCGAGCACGCCCUGAAGCCUGGCUCCUCCUGGUGAAACCAUCUUGGCUUGACGCAUUUUGAGGUCUUCAGACACCUGGGUAGUAGACACCAUGGAGAAUCAGGUGUUCAGCGUUCAGCAGAUCCAACCCAACGUCAUCUCCGUCCGCCUCUUCAAGCGCAAGGUGGGGGGCCUGGGGUUCCUGGUGAAGGAGCGGGUGAGCAAGCCGCCCGUGAUCAUCUCCGACCUGAUUCGGGGGGGUGCCGCAGAGCAGAGCGGCCUCAUCCAGGCCGGUGACAUCAUCCUUGCAGUCAACGGCCAGCCCCUGGUGGACCUGAGCUAUGACAGCGCCCUGGAGGUGCUCAGGGGCAUCGCCUCUGAGACCCACGUGGUCCUCAUUCUCAGGGGCCCCGAGGGCUUCACCACUCACCUGGAGACCACCUUCACUGGAGACGGGACCCCCAAGACCAUCCGCGUGACACGGCCUCUGGCUCCCCCCACCACCGCUGUCGAUCUGUCUCACCAGUCAUCGGCCAGCAGAGAGCACUCACCGGCAGUGGACAGGGCCACGGGUCCUGGCAAUGGGCCGCAGCACGCCCAAGACGCUGGGCAGGAAGCCGGCUCUCUCCCCCAUACCAAGAGCCGGGCUCCCGGGCCCCCGGGCCAGGACUCUGCCAAGAAGAGCAUCCAGGGCAGCCAGAACAGUGAUUUGCUCAAAGAGAUAGAACCUGUACUGAGCCUUCUCACCAGUGGGAGCAAAGGGAUCAAUGGCGGGGGACCUUCCAAGGCAGAGACGAAGGAUGCAGAAGUCCAGGUGGACAGAGGUAUGGAUGGCAAGUCACACAAGCCACUGCCCCUGGGUGUGGAGAAUGACCGAGUCUUCAGUGACCUGUGGGGGAAGGGCCACGUGCCUGUCGUCCUCAACAACCCGUAUUCAGAGAAGGAGCAGCCCCCUGCCUCGGGAAAACAGUCUCCUACAAAGAACGGCAGCCCCUCCAAGUGCCCGCGCUUCCUCAAGGUCAAGAACUGGGAGACCGACGUGGUCCUCACUGACACCCUUCACCUUAAGAGCACAUUGGAAAUGGGCUGCACCGAGCACAUCUGUAUGGGCUCCAUCAUGCUCCCCUCUCAGCAGAUACGAAGGCCUGAAGACGUCCGCACAAAAGAACAGCUCUUCCCUCUCGCCAAAGAGUUCAUUGACCAGUACUACUCAUCAAUUAAAAGGUUUGGCUCCAAAGCCCACACGGAGAGGCUGGAAGAGGUGAACAAAGAGAUCGAAACCACCGGCACCUACCAGCUCAAAGACACGGAGCUCAUCUACGGGGCCAAGCAUGCCUGGCGGAACGCCUCCCGCUGCGUGGGCAGGAUCCAGUGGUCCAAGCUGCAGGUGUUCGAUGCCCGCGACUGCACCACGGCUCACGGGAUGUUCAACUACAUCUGCAACCACAUCAAGUAUGCCACCAACAAGGGGAACCUCAGAUCCGCCAUCACCAUAUUCCCCCAGAGGACGGACGGCAAGCACGAUUUCCGAGUCUGGAACUCUCAGCUCAUCCGCUAUGCCGGCUACAAGCAGCCUGACGGCUCCAUCCUGGGGGACCCAGCCAAUGUGGAAUUCACAGAGAUCUGUGUGCAGCAGGGCUGGAAACCCCCAAGAGGCCGCUUCGAUAUCCUGCCACUCCUGCUCCAGGCCAACGGCAACGAUCCCGAGCUCUUCCAGAUCCCCCCAGAGCUGGUGUUGGAAGUGCCCAUCAGGCACCCCAGGUUUGAGUGGUUCAAGGAUCUGGGCCUGAAGUGGUAUGGCCUCCCCGCUGUGUCCAACAUGCUGCUGGAGAUUGGCGGCCUGGAGUUCACCGCCUGUCCCUUCAGCGGCUGGUACAUGGGCACAGAGAUUGGCGUCCGCGACUAUUGUGACAACUCUCGAUACAACAUCCUGGAGGAAGUGGCCAAGAACAUGAACUUGGACAUGAGGAAGACGUCCUCCCUGUGGAAGGACCAAGCACUGGUGGAAAUCAACAUUGCUGUUCUCUACAGCUUCCAGAGUGACAAAGUGACCAUCGUUGACCACCACUCUGCCACCGAGUCCUUCAUCAAGCACAUGGAGAAUGAAUACCGCUGCCGGGGGGGCUGCCCCGCCGACUGGGUGUGGAUUGUGCCCCCCAUGUCUGGCAGUGUCACCCCUGUCUUCCACCAGGAGAUGCUCAACUACCGACUCACCCCGUCCUUCGAAUACCAGCCUGAGCCUUGGAACACCCACGUCUGGAAAGGCACCAAUGGAACCCCCACAAAGCGGCGAGCCAUCGGCUUCAAGAAGCUGGCAGAAGCCGUCAAGUUCUCAGCCAAGCUUAUGGGGCAGGCAAUGGCCAAGAGGGUCAAGGCGACCAUCCUUUAUGCCACAGAGACGGGCAAGUCGCAGGCCUAUGCUAAAACCUUGUGUGAGAUCUUCAAACAUGCCUUUGAUGCCAAGGUGAUGUCCAUGGAAGAAUAUGACAUUGUACACCUGGAACAUGAAACUCUGGUCCUAGUGGUUACCAGCACUUUUGGCAAUGGCGACCCCCCAGAGAAUGGGGAGAAAUUCGGCUGUGCUUUGAUGGAAAUGAGGCACCCCAACUCCGUGCAGGAGGAAAGGAAGUACCCGGAACCCUUGCGUUUCUUUCCCCGUAAAGGGCCUCCCCUCCCCCAAGGUGACACAGAAGUCCAUGGUCUGGCUGCAGCCCGUGACAGCCAGCAGAGGAGCUACAAGGUCCGAUUCAAUAGUGUUUCCUCGUAUUCUGACUCCCAUAAAUCAUCAGGUGACGGGCCAGACCUCAGAGACAACUUUGAGAGUGCUGGACCCCUGGCCAACGUGAGGUUCUCCGUAUUUGGCCUUGGCUCCCGGGCUUACCCUCAUUUCUGCGCCUUUGGACAUGCCGUGGACACCCUCCUGGAGGAGCUGGGAGGAGAGAGGAUCCUGAAGAUGAGGGAGGGAGACGAGCUCUGUGGGCAGGAAGAGGCUUUCAGGACCUGGGCCAAGAAGGUCUUCAAGGCAGCCUGCGAUGUGUUCUGCGUGGGAGAUGACGUCAACAUUGAGAAGGCAAACAACUCCCUCAUCAGCAACGACCGCAGCUGGAAAAGAAACAAGUUCCGCCUCACCUACGUGGCCGAAGCUCCGGAACUUACACAAGGUCUAUCCAAUGUCCACAAAAAGCGGGUCUCGGCCGCUCGACUCCUCAGCCGCCAAAACCUUCAGAGCCCUAAAUCCAGCCGAUCAACGAUCUUCGUGCGUCUCCACACCAAUGGGAAUCAGGAGCUGCAGUACCAGCCUGGGGACCACCUGGGCGUCUUCCCUGGCAACCGCGAGGACCUCGUGAACGCCCUGAUGGAGCGGCUGGAAGAUGCUCCCCCAGUCAACCAGCUGGUGAAGGUGGAACUGCUGGUGGAGAGGAACACGGCUUUGGGCGUCAUCAGUAACUGGACAGAUGAGCACCGCCUCCCGCCCUGCACCAUCUUCCAGGCCUUCAAGUACUACCUGGACAUCACCACACCGCCCACACCACUGCAGCUGCAGCAGUUUGCGUCCCUGGCCACCAGCGAGAAAGAGAAGCAGCGACUGCUGGUCCUCAGCAAGGGCUUGCAGGAGUACGAGGAAUGGAAAUGGGGCAAGAACCCCACCAUCGUGGAGGUGCUGGAAGAGUUCCCGUCCAUCCAGAUGCCCACCACCCUGCUCCUGACCCAGCUGUCCCUGCUGCAGCCUCGAUACUAUUCAAUCAGUUCUUCCCCAGACAUGUACCCUGACGAGGUGCACCUCACCGUGGCCGUUGUCUCCUACCACACCCGAGAUGGAGAAGGACCAAUUCACCAUGGCGUGUGCUCCUCCUGGCUCAACCGGAUACCGGCUGAUGAAGUGGUCCCCUGUUUCGUGAGAGGAGCACCCAGCUUCCACCUGCCCCGAAAUCCCCAAGUGCCCUGUAUCCUCAUCGGCCCAGGCACUGGCAUUGCCCCCUUCCGAAGCUUCUGGCAGCAGCGACAAUUUGAUAUCCAGCACAAAGGAAUGAGCCCCUGCCCCAUGGUCCUGGUGUUUGGGUGCCGGCAAUCCAAGAUAGACCACAUCUACAGGGAGGAAACUCUACAGGCCAAGAACAAGGGGGUCUUCAGAGAACUCUACACGGCCUACUCGCGGGAGCCAGACAAACCAAAGAAGUACGUUCAGGACAUCCUGCAGGAGCACUUGGCAGAACCUGUGUACCGAGCCCUGAAGGAGCAAGGGGGCCACAUUUACGUCUGCGGGGACGUCACCAUGGCCGCCGAUGUCCUCAAAGCCAUCCAGCGCAUCAUGACCCAGCAAGGGAAACUCUCAGCGGAGGAUGCCGGCGUGUUCAUCAGCAGGCUGAGGGAUGACAACCGGUACCAUGAGGAUAUUUUCGGGGUCACCCUGAGAACAUAUGAAGUGACCAACCGCCUUAGAUCUGAAUCCAUUGCCUUCAUUGAGGAGAGCAAAAAAGACACUGAUGAAGUUUUCAGCUCCUAACUGGCUCCUCUUGCCCAGAUGGAUGGCCGGGGGGGCUGUCCCCUGCGCGCCGGCAGGGGCGGCUGCAGGUUUUCAAAGCGUGGACACUGCUGAACCUUCCCUACGGGACCCCACGUGGCCCCCGCUGUCCCUCUCGUCCUGUCACCGUGGUUGUUCCUCCUCUGGGUCCCCACCCCUCGGUGGUUUCCUUGGCCCUCCUGGGUUUUCUCCUUGAGUUUUCCUGCCGCAAUGCAAUGCCUUUAUAAUCCACAGUGGCUCUUCCAAAACUG